AUGAUGAAUCGUUUGUGGAAGAUCGUUGAUUUAGUGAAACACAUGGAGCGCCAUUUCAUGAAUAACUUUUUUGGGCACCCACCAAAAGAGCUAGCUGCAAUUUAUGUUCAUCAAACUUACUCUAAAACAGCACCAACAAAGAAAUAUUCCCUUAAAGAUCUUAUUGGAGAUGGAUAUUUAAUGGCUGUGCCAAAAUUCAGAAGAACUGUUGAAAAAAGGUGGAAAAGAAAAUUUGGGUCUCCAGAUUACGUAUGGAAAAUGAUUGUCCCCAACAAAAAUAUUAAAGUCUGCCAAGAAUGUGGUCAUCAUCAUGAACUCGGACGUCUAUGUGAAAACUGCUACAAAAGAAUUGAGAAUGAAACUAAAUUGAUCAAAGACAAAAUAGUAGAAAAAUUGGGUAAUAGCCCUAUUGAUAAAGAAGUGGUUAUAUUAUAUGAAAAUGAAGCUCCAGAACAGAAAAGUGAAUUUUGGAAUGGAAAAAGGAUAGUCGAAAUGAAAAAAGAGAGACCCUCAUGGUUUAGCAAAAAUUUGCUGCAGAAAUCUACACAAGAACCAUCAGACUCUAAGGAUGUGAAACCAAUAGAUUUAGCUUAG